AUGAAUAACGGGAACAGCGCUCCGGACACUGCAGCCGGAGGGAAGACGCUGGAACUAACUGAUUAUGACCUGCAAAGACGUGCACAUAAAGCAAUCACCGAUUCAUCAGAAAUUCGCAUAAGCACACGACUUCUGUCUGCAGAACUAUGUUGUCCAAUCUGUUUGGAUCUUUUAACGACAACAAUGACCACAAAAGAAUGCUUACAUCGUUUCUGUAGUGAAUGCAUUACAACGGCAUUGCUACGAGGUAAUAAAGAAUGUCCGACUUGCCGAAAAAAACUUGUCUCGAAACGUUCACUCCGUCCGGAUCCAAAUUUUGAUGCACUUAUCAACAAAGUAGUCUUUUUUCUCUUGGUGAAUGAGAAGUCACCUGUUGUCAUGUUGUUAGUGCUCUUGGAGAGUAGAUUUGUGGAUCACUUUCAGAUUUGGCCUGAUCGACAAAUCUAUGAACAAAUGCAGCAAAAAGCAAUGGAUAUGUUUCAUCAGCAAUGUAACGUUGAAGCACUUCAAAAGAGUAUCGAAGCUGGUAUGAAGGCGCAAGCAGCAAAUCGAAGACAACGUGUUCAAGGCUCAUAUGAUUAUGAAAGGAGGAAACGACGGCCAAGAGCUGAAAAUCAAGAUCGAUCAAACAAUAAUACACCGGAUAGUAAUUCAAAUUCACCAGAAGGCAGUGGAGAAGGUGACUUGGAUGUAGCUGAUCAGUGUAAUGAGAGAUCUGAUGAAGUUGCAUCAUCGGGUGGUGGUAUUAUGCCUGGCACAUCGACAACUGCAUUAACAACGAUCGACGGAACCAGCAAUUUUGCAAACGCAAAUGGUGUUGCUGUAUCACAUAGCGCGAAUAACAACAACAACGUUUCAAGCACCGACGUCUCAGACGACAGUAUGGAAUGCUCAACUGAUUCGUCAAGUAUCGAUUCAUCAGAUUCAACCGACAGUACUUCAACUAGCAGCACAUCGUCAAACUCAAUUCCAACUCCACCAAACUCAAAUCCAGCAAUUCACAAUACGCCGACUCUGUUAAAUGUUGCGACCACUACGGAUAAUAUGCAAAAUGCAGCGCUAGCGGUGAAUGACGAUCAACGACCCAUAAUACCACCGUUGAAUGCAUGCACACUGAAAGACAAAAUGCACAAAUGGUUGGAAGAGAACCCUUCGUCACCACUAACCCCUGAUGAGAGUAUGGCCGAGCAGCUGGAAAGACAAGUGGAUGAAGAUCUGGAUAUAAGUGAGCGACGUGCUGAAGGUGACUAUAUCGAAAUUGAAGCAGAAUUGUUACCAGCCAAGUCAAUGUUUAAACGGUUCGGUGUAGCGCCAUCAUUGCUUAAUCGACGUUAUAUCCGAACAAGAGAGGACACAACAAUGGAACAUCUGGGUGAAUUCAUCUAUCAAGUAUGUUGUUGUGAAGAAGCAGAAAGUGGUCACUCAUCAAAUUUAUCGACAGCAGCAUCAAUCUGUGAUAACGGAGAUGAUGAUUAUAACAGUCGAAUUAACGUCAAAAUUGAUAAUGGUGACUCAUCAACAGAACAAUCAGCUUCAGUCUCAGAAACGACAGCAAGCACAGCUGAUUCACUUGAUACCUCCAGUCGAUCGUCGGCUAGUAAUGUUCAACGACCCGAGCAUUUUUAUGUUUAUGUAAGAUAUUUUUACGAUGUUAUCAUUAAUAGUCGUUUCGGUGGCCGAAGUGUAAAUAAAAUAUUCGGUAAUGAAAGUGUUCUCUCAGCAUUACACGCACAAAGACGAGGUGACCAUUUGAUGAUAUUUUUCGAUGUAGCGCCGUUGGAUCUACACAGCAAAUCAGUUCUUGAAGAAAUUGUUUAUGAUGAUUUUCUGAAAUAA